UCACGUCAUUUGUUUUCAACAUUAUCGCGAUCGGCAAAAAUGCCAGAAUUUGACCUAAAUGACUACAGAAUAUUGGAGAAAAUCGGCGAGGGCUCCUUUUCCGAAGUAUAUCGAGUGAGGCAUAAGCAAACCGGGCUCUUUUACGCGGCAAAAAAACUGAACAAAAUUUACCAGGACACGGCAGAGGCACUGCAAUGUUCGGAGAUACAGGUUAUGAAAGUGCUCGACUAUCAUCCUAAUGUGGUCAGCUUCGUGGAUGUACUGCAUGAUGAAUUAAACGGUUAUUUAACUCUCGUGAUGGAGCUAAUGGACAUGAGCAUAUACGACUUUAUAAAAACCCGCAAACGCUGCUUGUCGGAGAAACGUGUUAGACGAUUCCUAUUUCAAAUCGUUUGCGGACUACACCAUCUUCAUCGGAACGGGAUUUUUCAUCGGGAUAUCAAACCAGAGAAUAUUCUGAUUAAGAUUCCUCAUAAGCUUAAAGAAAGUGAACUCGUGCAACUGGCAGACUUUGGUUCGAUCUGCAGUAUCACGCAACAGCCACCAUUUUCCGCGUAUAUUUCGACCCGCUGGUACCGGUCACCGGAAUGUCUGCUUACGUCCGGCUACUAUGGACCGAAAAUGGACAUUUGGGCCGUCGGAUGUUGUUUUUAUGAAAUGCUGACACUCAAUCCGCUUUUCCCCGGUGAGAACGAACUGGAUCAGCUGGAUAGAAUCCAUGAGGUACUUGGAUCUCCAUCUGCUGCAGUGUUAGCUAAAUUCAGGCAUAUGAAUCCAGUGAAUUUCGAAUUCCCGAAGAGAAAACCCAUUGAUUUCCGAAGCCAUAUUCCACUACUUAGUCACUACGGAGUCGAUGUGCUGACGAGGAUGUUGUGUUAUGUCCCGGACACUAGAAUAGGCACCUCCAAACUGUUGCAACACUUGUACUUUGAAGACCUACGAAAAACCAAGAAAAAUUCCCGUCUUUCGUCUUCUAUGCAAAGUCUGGACAAUAAAGGCGAUGGUCCACAUAACAAUAUGAGUCCUCGUAGAAAGAACACUAAAGGGUCAAUUGGUAGCACGGAGUCGUUCGAUCGCACUCUACAAAGCAAUGGAAGCAGCGUACUGACGUCUUACUCCAACUUCCGCCCAACUGCCAUCGGUUGCAAAGCCACAUUGACUGCGGAAAUGAUGAAGAACAAAAACCUGGAAAGAAUGUGGGGAAUGAAUCCGAGUCCGGGAAAAACGCGACUAGGCUUGCAGAUUCACGCCAGCAGAAUGUGACGACGACAAC